CUUUCUUCUUUAUUAGUAUGUCAUAUAUUUUCUUCCAUUGUCGGCUCCGUUCCCCAAUACCUCUAUCUCAGACCAAUAACCUAAGCUUCAGGACCUUUUUUCCUCUAUAUUUUGUAGUAGUAUAUGUUAUACAAAACACACAGAAAUUACACUUAUAAUAGGAUCACUUUAUGUACUAUGUAGUGAGUACUAUAUUUGUAGGGUAAUCGAUUCUUGCACUCGUACUAAUCAGUUAUUAAGUUAAGCAGACGAUUCCAUUAGCCGACUUGUUGAUGUUUUCACUGCUGACUUGCUUUGACUCUUCUUUGAAUUGGUCUCGUCUGGUGUACUGACUCUGUAAACUUGUGUUUGAGUAUCUUCCAUUGAUUAAUUAAGGAGAUUGUAAGUUGUAGGCUGUAUUCAAAAUGGGAUCUGCUGGGGAGAAACUAGAACUUGAAUCUGAUGAGGAGAUUCCAUUUAGCUCAUCUCAGGCUACUAAUAAAAUGGACAGUCUGCACUAUGAGGCACCUCAUAUUGCAUCGCCAAGAAGUUAUCGCUCGUCUAAGGUCUUAAGAAAGAUGUAUCAGAUCAGCCUUUUUAGGAGUAUAUACGUUGUUAUUAUCAAAGCAAAGAUCAACGUGUUACUUCCCUUUGGUCCUCUGGCCAUAUUGCUGCACUAUGUUACUGGAAAACAUGCUUGGGUAUUUCUCUUUAGUUUACUGGGUAUUACACCUUUAGCUGAGCGAUUGGGUUAUGCGACUGAGCAGCUCGCAUUCUAUACGGGGCCAACAGUUGGGGGCCUUCUGAAUGCUACAUUUGGCAAUGCAACGGAAAUGAUAAUCUCAUUAUAUGCACUGAACAAUGGAAUGAUGCGGGUUGUUAAACAGUCCUUGUUGGGUUCCAUUUUAUCGAAUAUGCUCUUGGUGCUUGGCUGUGCCUUCUUCAGUGGUGGGAUAAUUCAUCACCAGAAAGUCCAGGUGUUCAAUAAGGCGACUGCCAUUGUGAACUCAGGAUUAUUGUUGAUGGCAGUCAUGGGCUUACUGUUUCCAGCUGUACUUCAUUUCACCCACACGGAAGUGCAUUUUGGCAAGUCACAGUUGGCUCUUUCAAGAUUUAGCAGUUGCAUAAUGCUGAUAGCAUAUGCAAGUUACCUGUUCUUUCAGCUCAAGAGUCAACCAAAUCUGUAUGGCUCUGUGGUCGAGGAUAUAGAAAAUAAUUCAGAAAAUUCUGAAGAAGAAGAGGCGCCUGAGAUAACCCAGUGGGAAGCUAUAGGGUGGCUUGCUGUUUUGACAAUAUGGAUAUCGGUGCUGUCUGGAUAUCUUGUAGAUGCCAUCGAGGGUGCAUCUGACUCGUUGAACAUGCCCAUGUCCUUUAUUAGUGUCAUCUUGCUUCCAAUUGUUGGAAAUGCGGCAGAACACGCCAGCGCAAUCAUGUUUGCGAUGAAAGAUAAGCUUGACAUCACACUUGGAGUGGCAAUUGGGUCAUCUACUCAGAUAUCAAUGUUUGUGAUACCGUUUUGUGUUGUCGUUGGUUGGUUUAUGGGAAAGCCCAUGGACUUGAAUUUCCAAUUAUUUGAGACUGCUACACUCUUCAUCACAGUGCUAGUCGUGGCAUUCAUGCUGCAGGAAGGUACAUCAAACUAUUUUAAAGGGUUGAUGCUGAUCCUUUGCUAUCUGAUUGUUGCUGCAAGUUUCUUUGUACAUGUCGAUCCAUCCAAAGAUGGAGACUAAGUAGCCAUGGUUAUACCCAGCCUCAACCAAAUGAGCUCCUCGACUCCUGGCAAUGAAAUGAAUAGCAAUGACUCUGGCCAGCGGCACUACCUAAAUGAUGAUCGGAUUGGAGGAAUGAAGGGACUUGCUUGUUACAACAGAAUGUUCAAGGUAGUGAGCUAUUAUUGACUUCUUGAAUGUUUUAUCCAUGUUGUAUCAUGUAUCUUUAGCAGACAAACAAUCCCAUUAUUCCCAGCAAUGUAAGAAAGCUGGUUUUAGUCUUCCACUUGGAGAAAAAAGAUAGAAAAAGGGUGAGGGUAUAAAACAAAUAUAUUUAUUCUUUUCUUUCUUCUUUCUUCAAAUUGCUGUUCCAAAUGUCAUAGUUAGGAGAUGUAACUGUUGUAAAAUUUUCCUAUUGUUUCAUAGUAAUCCUUAGAAAGAAGUUUUCUUUGCAUAAAAUCAGUGUGUUGUAGCAA